GGGCGUGUCUCUCCAGGGGCGUGUCCCUUGAUUUGAAUAUACAGCCGUCCCAGCCGGCUGGUGUCAGGUUGCUCGGCGGUCUGUUCUCUGGUAGCGCAGCGGGUUGUCGGUUCUAUUCCUCAGCAGCUCUCUCAGGCCCACCGGGGUGCGCGCGCGUGUCGGACAUUCCCGUUCUACCCACAGCGAAGGGAACGAGCCGCGUGCCCGCUCCGCUCCUCCCGACACAACAACAACAUGGACCUGCACAUCCUGGACCACCGGCUGCGGGUCAUCAGCAUCUCCAAGAGCGGCCUGGUGCACUACACUCACCCGCUGGUCAAGCUGAUCUUCCUGCGGGACCGGACACGAUGCAAGUUCUUCAGUCUGACGGAGACCCCUGAGAACUACACAGUCGUCCUGGAUGAGGAAGGAUUCAAAGAGCUCCAGCCCUCUGAGCACUUACAGGUGGAGAACUCCAUCUGGCUGCCGCUCAACGUGGUCUCCAACGGCAACGCCUCCAGCAGCUCGCAGGCCGUCGGCGUCACCAAGAUCGCCAAGUCGGUCAUCGCGCCGCUGGCCCAGCAGAACGUCUCCGUCUUCAUGCUGUCCACCUAUCAGACAGACUUCAUCCUGGUGAGGGAGAAGGACCUGUCCGUGGUCACCGCUACGCUGGAGAAGGAGUUCAACAUCUUCAGGGAGGAGGGUGGCGAGUCGGUGCCGGUGCGUUGCCAGGACGACGUCAAGGACGUCAAGGACGUCAAGAAGAACGGAAAAGAAGCGCCGCUCUCUCCUCCAGCCCUCCGGCCCAUGGUCCACCCGGUUCUGAUCCCACAGAACCAGUUCUGCGUGAUGUCUCUGGACCCGGACACGCUGCCGGCCAUCGCCACCACGCUCAUCGAUGUCCUCUUCUACUCCAACGGCAGCCCGAAGGCUGACGGCGAGUCGUCUCCUAUCCGGGACCUGGACUGCAUAAAGUUCUUCUCCUUCUCCCUCAUUGACGGCUACAUCUCGCUGGUGAUGGACACCGAGGCUCAGAGACGGUUUCCUGCUGAUCUGCUCUUCACAAGCUCCUCCGGGGAGCUGUGGAGGAUGGUGCGCAUCGGGGGUCAACCCCUGGGCUUUGAUGAAUGUGGCAUCGUUGCUCAGAUCUCUCAGCCGCUGGCCGACAGCGACAUCUCCGCCUACUACAUCAGCACCUUCAGCUUCGACCACGCCCUGGUCCCUGAGGAGGACAUCUCCAGAGUGACGGCCAUGCUGCAGCACCAGAAGACGGAGCCGGACGCCAGCUGAGUCCUGGAUCCAGCCUGAGCUUCAACAUCCCUAACCCCCACCCCCACCUAGACUAGCGCCUCCAGCAGUAUUAACACUACCAACUCUCCAUGAACACCAGAAGCUUCUCUACGGCGAGACGCCUCCUGUCUCUACCGUCACUGAGGCCCAAUGCACUGAGUCCCAGGACACACACACACACACACACACACACAGACUCACAAGCACAGUCAGGUGAUCCCCUCUUCCUAACAGGUGAAAUGUAAUUGUUAUUAGAACUCAUUUCAUCUCUAAAGCACAGCUUCGUCUUCCAGCAGCGUUUCUAUGGCAACGUGCCGACUCGCCUACCCCUUCCUCUCUUUCUCUCUCUCUCCCCUGAAGACAUUGUGAGAAUGUUGAUCUUAAUCACUUUAAUGCAGAAUAAAACUUUAGAAUCUAUAUUUUUGACAGCUCAUUGGUUAUUAAGGAAUGUUCCGGGGGUCUUGGCCUCGCGCUCCGCCUGUCUCAUCCAGUAUUAACCCCCCCCCCACCCCCCCUGAACAUAGGUUUUACUUUGUUAUUUGCACAGCUCACUUCUUUAACGCCCUCAGAUGAUUUCUUUGGUACAAAUUGAAGUUACAAAUAUUCUUUAAUGUGUGUAUUUUUUUGGGUGCUUUGUUGAAUAAAAUAUUGAACAUUUAAAACUGA